GAUGACAUAGUGGAAAAAAAUAAACUUUAAUCUUGUCGUUUAUAGCCUUUGCAACCAUAUAUAUUCUUACAACUUAUGUCCACUUUUAUUUCAGCUGAUAACCAAAUCUUGAUAUUACAUUCCAAGUGUAUUAACCUUAGCCAACCAAAACAAAAUAAGAUGUCCACUAAAAGUGAUCGAGAAGCACAAUUAAGAGCAUUUGAUGAAACAAAAUUAGGAGUUAAAGGAAUUGUUGAUGCUGGUGUUACAACAAUUCCCUCCAUCUUCAUUCACCCAAUUUCUAAACGACCUCUACCUCAAAAAACCAGCACUUCUAAUGUUGAUGAUGCUAGAUUUCAAUUUCCAAUCAUUGAUCUUCGCGCGAGCGAAAAUGAUUUGGAUUAUAAGAAGAUGAUAGUUGAUAAGAUUCGAGAAGCCUCGGAGACAUGGGGAUUUUUUCAAGUGAUAAAUCAUGGGAUUCCAGUGAUAGUUAUGGAGGAGACGUUGAAAGGAGUAAAAGAGUUUUUUGAACUUGAUGAUGAGGUUAAGAAAGCUUACUAUUCAAGGGAUUAUGCCAAUAAGAGGUUUACUUAUCAUAGCAAUGCUGAUCUUUAUACUGGACCUGCAACUAAUUGGAGAGACACUUUUGGUUGUACAAUGGUUCCUAAUCCUCCUCGUCCUGAUGAGUUGCCUCCCCCUUGCAGGGAGAUACUACCGGAGUAUACAAGUCAAGUGAUGAAACUUGGAAAAGUGUUGUUUGGGCUAUUAUCAGAUUCACUUGGGCUGCAACAAACCCAUUUAUAUGACAUGGGUUGUGCCGAAGGCCUAAACGUUUCGGGUCAUUAUUAUCCGGGUUGCCCACAACCCGAAUUGACAAUGGGUACUGCAAAGCAUGCUGAUAGUGUCUUCUUAACUAUUUUGUUACAAGAUCAAAUUGGCGGUCUCCAAGUUCUUCAUCAAGACCAUUGGGUUGAUGUUCCUCCUACUCCUGGAGCUUUAGUCAUUAAUAUAGGUGAUCACUUACAGUUAGUAUCAAACGACAAAUUCAAAAGUGUGGAACACAGAGUACUAGCUAACUAUAAAGGACCAAGAAUAUCAGUGGCAUCCUUUUUCACCACAUUUUUUCAAGAGACUUCUACAAGGUUUGGGCCCAUUAAAGAAUUACUCUCCGAUACAAAUCCUCCAAAGUAUCGUGACAUCACGGUGAAAGAGUAUAAUACCUACUCCCUAAAUAAAGGACUUGAUGGCACCUCGGCCCUUCCACAUUUCAAGCUUUGACUCACAAUUAAAUUUGUGCACGUACAUGCUCCCUUUGUCCUUUCAAGAGAGAUCGAGUAUAUGUUUUACUUUUUUACUACAUACAUUUUAUGUGAGCCCCUUUGAAUUUUCAAAGUUCAACUAGUUUAAUUUAAUUUGUUGGACUUAGUUAUGUUUAAUGAUAUAUAGUAAGAUUUAUCAUGGCUUCUUAAGCGUGAGCUUUAUGUGUAAAUUUAUAAUUAAUGUCAAAUUUUAUGGGUGAAUAAGGGGGUCAGUGGGAGCUUCCAACUUGUUUCAUUAAGUUUGUAUUUAGAUUUUAAAUUAAUAUUGAUUUAUUGUGGCACAAGUUUUAGAAAAUUGUUGAGUAUUUAACUAUUUAUGCAUGUUUUUAAAUGUUGUUAUGAAGUUUGCCUUUCAUUUCAUAUGUUUACUAGCCUAUUGGCCUAAGCAAUAUCUUUUUUGAAUAAUUUUUUUAUUAAAUCAAAUAGUAUUGCAAUUUAACUUUUUUUUUAUUUGAUAUUAAAUGAUAUCAAUUGAGUGGCACGUUUUUUCCUUUUUUAUCUUUUAUUGGCAAAAAAAAAAC